CUUCUGAGCACACAGGCACCAGGCCCUGCUCAAUGGGGCCCCCAGUCUUGGAAGAAGCUGUGCCUGUCUGGUUCUGACACUAACCACAUCAUCUCUGCCAACUUUCAAGUCCACCACUUCCAAUCCAGCUUCAGAAUGGCAUUGCCUCCCAGCCCUCUGGCCAUGGAAUAUGUCAAUGACUUUGAUUUGAUGAAGUUCGAAGUAAAGCGGGAGCCCCCUGAGGGGAGAUCUGGUGCCCCCCUGGCCUCACUGGGCUCCACACCCUACAGCUCAGUGCCUCCUUCACCCACCUUCAGUGAAUCUGGUGUGGUGGGGACAGCUGAGGGCUCCAGGCCGGGUCUUGAAGAGCUGUACUGGCUGGCUACCCUGCAGCAGCAGCUGGGGGCUGGGGAGACCCUGGGGCUGAGUCCUGAGGAGGCUGUGGAGCUGCUGCAGGGCCAGGGCUCAGUCUCUGCUGAGGGGCUCCAAGGCUACUACCCAGAGAGCCCAGAGGACUCAGGAGCCCAGCAUGACCAGCUGGUCGAGCGGUUUUCGGACGCAGCGUUGGUGUCGAUGUCUGUGCGGGAACUCAACCGACAGCUGAGAGGCUGUGGGCGCGACGAGGCGCUGCGGCUGAAGCAGAGACGCCGCACGUUGAAGAACCGAGGCUACGCGCAGGCCUGUCGCUCCAAGCGGCUGCAGCAGCGGCGCGGGCUGGAGGCCGAGCGCGCCCGGCUGCUUGCACAGCUGGACGCGCUGCGGGCCGAGGUGGCCCGCCUGGCUCGGGAGCGCGACCUUUACAAGGCUCGCUGUGACCGGCUAACAUCGAGCGGCCCGGGGUCCGGGGACCACGCCCACUUCUUCCUCUGAGCC